UGAAACAGUGGGAAAUAUGGGAUUUAAAAAAGAGAAAUCUGCCCGACGACCAAGGAGCCUCGUCGAUGACAUCAUGGAUUCUGUGAUAAUGAUAGACAGGGGUUCCAUUUGUUGCUCCCACCUCCUUCCUCUUCCUCCUCCUCCUCCUCCGUCUGCUGCACCUUCAUCCCAUCUUGGGUGAUUCUCGGGGGGGUGACCACCACCACUCGCUCUCGGUGAAAACCAGUGGUGAGGCGUCACAGUCCGACCAGUCAGUGCUGAGAACUUCGGAGGAGCCGCGACACCUGGAACCCCAGACGCCCGUCAGCAGCCCGACGCCGCUCACCAGAAACUCUGGCCAUCACUUCACUAACAUGGGAUCAAAACCUGAACCUGGAUCAGUUCCGUCCACCCGUGAAGAUCUGGCGGCUAUUGAGGACGAAGAGGUUCUCAACAAGAUGCUGGACACUGCAGCGGACUUUGAGGAGAGGAGGUUGAUCCGGGCGGCGCUGCGAGAUCUGCUGAAGAAAAAGAGAGAUAAACGUGAGCAGGAGCGAGGGACACGGCAGCAGGACUUACGACAGCAGGGUCUGAGCAAAGGAUCAGCAGCAGGUGGCGCUGUCAGCAUAGGCAGAGCAUCCAUGAACCAGCAGCCGUCAGUGAACAGACCCACAGCUCAGUCGUCUCCUUCAGCCUCCACCGCCCUCACCGGAACACCAGGCAGUAAGGCGUCCCCCGCCUCCCCCCCGGCCUCAGCCUCAGUCCCUACAUGUCCUGCUGCUGUAGCACCUAACGCUAAAAAUGUCAAACAGAUGCUGCUGGACUGGUGCAGAGCCAAGACGGAGCCUUAUGAGGGCGUGGACAUCCAGAACUUCUCCUCCAGCUGGAAGGACGGCAUCGCCUUCUGCGCCCUGGUGCAUCGCUUCUUCCCCGAUGCGUUCGAGUACUCCGUCCUCAACCCAAACAAACCCAGGGACAACUUCCAGCUGGCCUUCAGCACGGCAGAGAAGUUGGCCGGCUGCCCUUCUCUCCUUGACCCUGAUGAUUUAGUCCGGAUGAAGGAGCCGGACUGGAAGUGUGUGUACACCUACAUCCAGGAGUUCUACCGCUCCCUGGUGGAGAAAGGCCUGGUCAAAACCAAAAAGCGAUCGUAAACUCUCUCUCUCGGUUCCUGACACACGAAGAUUUUUCUUUUUUUUUCUUUUGAACUUCUAGAGUCAAACUUCGCCACAAACGGAUGAUUCUCACGUGCUUCAAGUCUAGAUUAGCAGCCGUAAACUAGGGAUGUACGAUAACAUCGGCCGACCGAUAUUAGUUGCCCCGAUGUUAGCAUAAAUAUGUAAUAUCUGUAAGAAUUGUUUUUUUCCUCUGAUAAUGAAAACCCGAUAACCCAAUGCCUGGGUUUUGUCAAUUGA